GCCCGUAUUUGUGCUGCAGACGUCAAACUGUUCGGUUCUAGUUGUGCUGCUUCAAAAAAACACACAUGCGAACACUCUGGUAGCAGCAAGAGCGAGAGGACAGAAAAGUACAACGGAGAACGCUUUUCGUGGAAAGGUCGAGCUGCAGAUUUGUUGGAAUUGAAGGAAAAAGUGCUACGAACAGUGAAAAAUUUACCUAACUGCGUUUUAGAAUCGUUGCAAAAAUAAGUCACGUGCUUUUCCGGUAUUCGAUUCGAAGUGGCAGAAACGAAGUUAGCGAGAGUUAAUUGUUUAGCAGAUUGGUAGGAUAUAGAAGGAGCAAAAAAAUGUCGAAAUUUUGGAUUGUUCUGGUGACGUUUAGUGUGAUUAGUAUUUCGUGCUUACUGGCCAGUCCCAGUACAGUACAGCCGGCUGGUUUGGAUUCCGAACAAGAUUUACCUACCACAUCAUCAGCUCCCGAUGGCAACGAUACAACUACAAAACCUACAACAACGACUCCCAGUACCACAACCACCACCACGGUUUCACCCAACACGACAACAACCACUACGGUGGCACCGUCGCCGGUUCCGGAUAAUACGACAACUACAACUCCCAGUACUACCACUACCAGCACCAGUACAACACCGGCAACCACGACACCCGCUGCGAACACUACAACAACUACCGCACCUACUCCGACGCCAUCGCCUACACCAACUCCAACUCCAAGCCCGUCGACAUCGACCACGAUGGCUCCCCCAACACCACAUUGCAAACAUUUCGACGGUUACUCCUUUGUCGGUGGAAUGAUCCUAGCGUACGGAUCGCUGGCGAUCGGGCUGGUGCUAUGGAAGUUCUACAAGGCUCGCACCGAGCGAAACUACCACACACUGUAAACUAUCAGCGCACGGGUGUCGGGUAAGUGACGAUGAACGGCGGUGCGCUAGGAAACUAUCUGAAUAUGUAUCCUCUCCCCUUCUCCCUAUAGAGCAAAAAAAAAACACACAUCUCCGCCCAAUUGGGUUAAAACGGGCGAGGGUUUGCUGAUCUUAUUCAAUUUUAUUUUAAAUUCCCUAACUGGAAGCAGGAUUGAUCUGAACUUUUCCACUGUGUUUCUCAAAUCCUAUUCUCCUUAAUUUACCUGAUCUACCAUAAUCGCGUGUAAUUGUUUUGUUGUUUUGUACAACAUAGGGCAGCAGUAAAGGACCGUUAUCCGACAUUGCUCAAACCGAACAGUUAGCUAUAGAGAAAUUUGAAAAAGAAAACAUGCAUUUUUUAUCUGGAAUCUCAACAAUUAGUUACAAACCAAAGUAAUUUGAAAAUGCUUCUGCCAAGAGAAAAUAUCAAUAAAAUGCAGAUUGAAGCAUCAGCUAGCUUGCCCUUUUUCUUUCACUUUGUUUCAUGCUGAGUUCUAUACCGAUUUCCGGUCGAUUUCAAGUACAAAGCGACGCUGCACACUGCAGACGUGAGAUAUUGCGAUUUCGGCGUACCAUUGGCUUGUUAUCAGUGAACAUACCACCGCACAAAUGAAGUGCAACCACGAGAGUUGAUCGCGCUUUGUUCGUUCGUUUGAGCAUGUUAAUGCAAAGCUUCCUCGAUACUUUGUUUCGCGGAACACGAUCGCAUUAGUAAUCAGAUCCGCUUGAUUUUUGCCACAUCAUCAGUAAUUUUUUUUCCCGCUCUCAGUCCUCCUCGGCUCAAGCUAACAUUUACUGAUAUAGUUUUCGACCACGCAAUGAUAACAGUCGCUAUGUUUAUUUAAUCUUCUUUUUGACUUCAUACAGUUUUCGCUCCCUGCAGCAGGACUCGUAUGACAGUGGAUCGUCGUCAUGAGCAGUGGAUUUAUUCGACGAAUGACAGACUUGCUGAUAGUUUGUUUAUUUGAUUGAUGUGGUUUAGAAAAUUCUAUAACUGGAGGGUUGUUUAUUUUUCUAACUCUGUUUGUUAUUAUGUAACAUUCGAGUCAUUUCCAAUUUUGUCUUAGUUUGUUUUGCUUUUGGAGAUUCUAAGAGAGGGUGAAGACACGUUCUGUAAUUGCUUUUCAAUCAACCUUUUUGAAAUAUCUGCGGGAAUUAGCUGAAUUAAUUUUUUUAUACUGAUUUCAUGAUACUUCUGGAGAUCAAACUAAGGUAUAACUGAAGACCAAACUGCGAUUGCAUUCGAUAGAAAUGAUACGUGUUAUUGGCAAGUAAGUUCCGAUGUCUUGAAGAGGCCUUUUGAGCAGCUUCGUCAGAACCUUCUCGUACAACUUUCGAGCGUGUGUUUGAGCCACUAAGUUUUGCUUAAGUGUCCUGCUGGGUUGCUUACUGGCACGGAAAGAAUGGUAGCCUCCUCGUAGACGUAUCCUCCGGUCAGUACCAUUAUUAGCGCUACAUUUGCUGACCGAUCAGAGAGUCCGGAAUUUGCCUCGAUUGUCCUCAAUACCUUCCAGUUCUACUGCCGAUCGUACUCUGAUCCUUCCGGUUCACGGUCAUCCGUCUUUGAAAACGUUUGAGCACAUCAUACACAGAUUAGUUUCCAAACAAUUAGCUAUCAAAGCAUUUCAAAUCCGACAACUAGAGGCGCUGCUGAAUAUUUCCAGGUUCUAAAUGAAGCAAGCCUCCAGUACAUUUCCGGAUCUUCUCCCAUUUGAAGUUUUUCUCUUCACACGUCAACAGUCGAUUUUUACGUUGGUGAAAUUCUUCAUUUUUAUAUCUUCUUGAGGUAUUGCAUGUUGUAGGUGAGUUCGACCAAUUUUCUAAAACUACCAUUUUUGGGAAGCACUCUCGAACGCGCGAUUCAUUUUCUUCAAAACUUUAGAAUUUCGUUUUCUGCAUUUAUCUUGAUCGAAAACAUCCACAAACAAAAAACUUUGUUGGUAGCAACUUGUUUCGAUCUUCCCAAACGGCGAGCCAGAAUACAAAAAAUAGAAUAAUUUCCAUUCAGUGUAGAAAUAGGACCCAAGCAGAUUUCAUGAUUAUUUUUUUUUAUAUUUCCUAAAAUCCUAUUGGAAAUCUUAAGGGGUUAGUCGCCGGAUCAAAACAAUCACAACUAAGCUCGAACCGGAUAAGGCUUAGAAUCUCAUUCCAUUGAGGCAUUUUGAAUUGUGCCUUCUGCCAACUUUAAUUUUUUCAGCCAUUACAAACGCUGCCGUAAUAGAAGCGGAAACAUUGCUUUGUAACUUGUUUAAUCUUGGCAAAACUUGCAACUUCUGCAAAGCAUUCGAAGCAUUUCUAGAGAAAGAUUUACACUUUGAAUUUGAUGUGUAAUAGAUAUAAAAAUAUGAAAGUCAAUCGUAGAUAAUCUUCAAACGAAGAUAACUUAGUAAAAUAGCUCAGCUCAGUAUAUCGUCAAGUUCUCCGUUCGGUUUGUUCACGAAAAAAAAUGACAUAAUCUGCUUCAAGAAGAAAAAUGAAAUACAAACAAGUCCGAAAUUAAAUUGUUAUAAGUCUGAUUGUCAAGGAACUAAAUAUAAUGUCACUUUUGGGACUAGCUGAAAAGGAUGGAAAGUGCUCUUAAUGAUAAAAAAAUAGAACAGAACAAGCGAGAGGAAUUAAAAUGUUAAUCACAACACUUUAUCACAUGCAUUGCAGAAAAAUGCUGAAAUCGGUUAAAAUUAAAUUAAAAGAAAACCAAAACCAAGAAAUCCAUCCUGCUAUUUUUAAAUUUACUUUAUUUCUUAGUGACGUAAAAUGUCCCUUACAUGCGCCACCGGUAAAAUCUUAUCAAGCAUUGCUUGUACGUAUUAAGGCAAUAUUGUAGCAAAAAGAAUAGCUAAGCAAAUGGGCAUUGUUUGAGUUUGCUUCUACAAUUUUUGGGUAGAAGUUUGAUGUGCAUAAUCAUACACUAUUUGCUUUGUUAAGGAAAAAAAUUCACUUCUAAACGUUUUUUCUCUCUAGUGGAUGUUUAAAGCUAUUGUUUAUCAAAUAUUUCGUGUCUGUCUAGUCUUGUAUCUUUCGUCGUGUGAAUUGGAAUCGAAAUUGGGAAUGGUCCAGAUUACGAAAAUGUAUUACAAUUAGAAUGGCAAUGAAUGCAGCGAAUAAAUUUUCCUAUUAUCAACUUGGUAA